UGACCCGGCCUGACCGCCCCCUCCACAGACACCGGGCUCGGGCGGGCCCGCGGGUGUUCGUGUCCCGGCGCCGGGCUCGGUGCCCCCGGGACAGUCGGGGUCCGGCCCGGUGAAAGCUCUCGCUGCACGGAGCUUGAUUCAGAACCAAGCGCAGGGGCCGGGGGGGUUCGCGGGGGCUGCUGCGGGAGCGGCUGUUUCCCCGCCAAGAGGAUGUUCCUGGUCGGGCUCUCGGGGGGGAUCGCGUCGGGGAAGAGCUCGGUGGCGGCGGUGCUGGGGGAGCUGGGCUGUGCGGUCAUCGACGCCGAUGUGCUGGCCAGGGAGGUGGUGCAGCCCCAGUUCAAGGCCUAUCAGCAGAUCCUACAAGCCUUUGGCACCCAGAUCCUCUUGGAGAAUGGAGAGAUCAAUCGUGAGGCUCUAGGAAACAUUAUCUUCUCCCAGCCUGAGAAACGGCUGCUGCUCAACUCCAUCACCCACCCGGAGAUCCAGAAGGAGAUGCUGAAACAGAUCCUGAAGUACUUUGUGCAAGGCUAUCACUACGUCAUCCUCGACAUCCCCCUGCUCUUUGAGAACAGCAGCUUGACCAGGUUUAUGAAAUACACAGUCCUGGUGUAUUGUGACCCUCCCACCCAGCUCCAGCGCCUGAUGAGGAGGUCCCCGGGGCUGUCCCAGGCCCAGGCCCAGGCCCGGAUCUCCUCCCAGCUCCCUCUGGAGCAGAAGCUCAAGAUGGCCACGGACAUCAUCGAUAACAGUGGGGAGUGGGAGAGCACCCGGGAGCAGAUCCUGAGGCUGCAUUCCCGUCUGGAGAGCUCUUGGAGCUUCCUCUGGGCACGGCUGGCACUGGGCAUGGCUCUGGGGGGGCUGCUCUGCCUCCUCCUGCGGGGCCUCGGCUCCUGACUCCCCCUGCUCCCUGACCACAUUCCCAGGCUUGGGAAGGGCAGGGGGAAGGAAGCUGCUUCCCAGAGCUCUGCCAGAGGGAUCCCCACCCAGGGGGGUGAACAUGGGGGACUUCCAGCACCAUCUCCCUUUUCCCUUCAUCACACUCAGGUUCUCACCCUCCAGCUGGGGUGGGAAUGGCUGCGGCCCAUGGGGGGCUCCAGGAUCCUGUGUCCCGUGAUGGGCUCCAGGAUCUCCUGUCCCAUGGGGGGCUCCAGGAUCCUGUGUCCCGUGAUGGGCUCCAGGAUCUCCUGUCCCACUGUGGGACUGCAGGGAUUUUGGGUGCUGUUGUGUUUUCCAGAACCUUGUUAAUGGUUAUAAAUAUGUAGAGGUGAGUGGCAGGAGGAUGGAGCCAGGCUCUGCUCAGGGAUGUCCAGUGACAGGACAAGGGGUGCAAGCUGGAGCAGAGGA